AUGGCUGCCAAACAAUCAAAAGAAGAAAUUAGUUUACAAUUAAAAUCAGCAGUAUAUUUAUCAGUUGCUAAAAUUGUAGAAGAUCAAGUUAAACAAUUAAAUUUAUCUGAUAAUUCAAAUGUUACAGCUACUCCUACUUUUAUUGCUCAAUUAGUUGAAUUGGUAUUUAAUCAAAUUAUAAAUUUAGGUGAAGAUCUAGAAAGUUUUGCUAAUCAUGCAAAUAGAGAUAUUGUUGAUUUAACUGAUUUAUAUAUGGUUACAAGAAAAAAUCCUAGUUUGAAAAAAUAUUUGAAAGAUUUAAAUGUGAAGAAAUAA